GUUUUAUGUGACGUGUCUAUUAUUGAAAAAUACAAUAUUAUACUGUAAUAGAUCUAACUGAUGUAACAUUAUUUACUUACCAAACACUUGAAAAUUUAUAACCAAUUCAUCAUGUAGACCUAUUGGUUUUGGCAUUUUUGUAGUUUGUAUUGUUAGAAUAUUAAUGUAAUAAUAAUUAUUAAUAAUAAAACUAAGAUUUAUGAUUCAACUGCCUAGUUCAGUUACCAUCACCGAGAAACGGAUGGAAGAUGGUUUACACUCAUUCAGGGCCAUCACGUUCUUGGUAUUAUGGUAUUUUUUUAGUGGAUGUACACUUUUUUUGAACAAGUAUAUCUUAUCUUACUUAAAUGGAGAUCCAACAGUCUUAGGUAAAUAUAUUUAUGCACAAUAUAAUUCAUAUUUCUCUUUCAAUGAAAGUUUUAUUUAAGGUGCUUUUCAAAUGAUAAUGACAACUAUUUGUGGAUUUAUCCAAUUGUAUAUAACAUGUGGAAUGUACAAACAACCAAUACAACGAUCAAAACGACCGCCAAACUUUUAUAUACAUAUGAGUUUAGUUGGUUGCACACGGUAAAUUAUUUAUGAAAUAGUGUUGCAUAGUUUAUAUAAAGGUUUUAAUGUAAAUAUAUUUUCCUAACAGAUUUAUUACAGUACUUUUAGGACUUAUAUCACUCAAUUAUGUAGCAGUCAGCUUUACAGAAACAAUUAAAAGUUCAGCUCCUAUAUUUACUGUAUUCAUUUCAAGAUUGUUGUUAGGUAAGGUCAAUUUUAUUGAGGAAAAAGGAAAAAAUUGUGCUUAGUUCUUAACUCAUUAUUAGGUAAAUAAUAUAGAUAAUAGGUAACCAGAUAAAAAUUAAAUCAAUAUAACAAUAUAAUAUUUGGUGUAGUUUCUUGAUGUGUUUCUAAUAAAUGUGAUCUACACACAUUUUGUUCAUUUUAUACUUUAACAUGUUUUAGGCAAAGAUGAGCAUUAAUGAGUUAAAAAGUUUAGUUACCUUUAGCUUUGUCACAUAACAAGUUUUUUUUUUUUUUUAAUAUAAAUCUGCAUUUAAUCCUAUAUAUUAUGUAUAAUUACAUUUUGUUUUGUACAAAUUAUUUUUAUAUAAAAUCAAUUAAUCAUUAUCUGAAAAGUAUUAUUUAUAAUGUUAUAUUAUUAUGCAUUAUAAGUUUCUAAAUUUAAAAUUUCAGGCUAUCAAAUUGUUGGUCAAAUUUUUGAUCUAGGUGUAAAUUGAAUUUAUCGAUAGUUGUAUGACUUUAUACCUAUGAAAUAUGUGAAAUGACUUUUCCUUUGCCUUCACUCUAAUUAUUUGGGUUUCAGUUAAACUUCACCUUGAGCCAAUCUCCCACUUCACAUGCCCUGGCUAUCAUCCUUCAUUUAUUUUCAUUCCCUUUCUUACUGGUCCAGAUUUCUCUCCCUGCUAAACUAUUCACAUCUAAAAAUAUAUUAAAGUGAGUACUUGUAAUAAUAGAUCUUUUUUUUUUUUAAUUUAACAUCUAUAAUAUUAUAGUAUUAGUUGAGCUUUAGAAAACUUAUGAUUGUAUUAUUAACUUUAUUUUAUGAAAAAAAUAGUUAACCUGCCCAGCCUUGCUUUAUUCUAUACAAUUAAUUUAAUUUGUUCACCAAAUAAGUAUCAGAUAACAGCUACUAUUUAUAUUAAAACUUUUAGGUACAGAUAUAAAAUUAUAAAAAUUAACAUAAAUAUAUAAUAUUAAUAUUACAAUAUAGUUUAACAAAUGAUUGACAUGUGUCAACUGGCGUGCAUAGUAUAAAUAGUGGACCAGGAUUUAAGAUAUACAUUAGUAUGUAUGUAUGUGUACAUGUAUUUAUACGUAUCUUAAAUCUUAUUGUGAACUAUAAAAUUAUAAGUAAUGAAUAUUUUUAUAUUGCAUUGGUUAGGUCCUAGCUAAGUAAGUUAGAUAGGUAGACCACAUAUUGAAGGUAGCGCCAUAUAUUUAAAUAUUUUAUUUUAUAAAAUUAUUUACUUAAAUAUUUAUCUGAUUAAUCUUAAUUGUAUUAUUUGAAUUUUAGGAGAACAAACAAGUUUUCUGGUAAGCUUAUCUUUAGUUCCUAUAAUGGUUGGCUUGGCGUUAUGCUCUUCAAAUGAAAUCUCAUUUAAUAUACCAGGAUUUAUAGCUGCCCUCGCAACCAAUUUUACUGAAUGGUAAUAUUAUUUUGUUUUGUAUUACAUUUUAAUAAUAAUUAUUAUAAUUUAUUCUACUCAGGUUAAUACAAUCAUUAUUUAUAUUAUACAUUUUUUAAAUUUAGUUUGCAAAAUGUGUAUUCAAAAAUGUUGAUCAGUGGUGAUAAAUUUAAAUACACGUUAGUAUAAAAUAAUGUAUCAAAUUAUAGUAUUUAUUUAAAAAUCAAUCCAAAUUUUAAUGCACUUAUUUUCCCUUUUUCUGAUUCAGGCCUGCUGAGUUACAAUAUUAUACAAGUUUAGCUUCAAUUAUUAUUCAAAUUCCUGCAUCAUUAGUAUUAGUUGACAUAAAAUAUGCUAUGUAUAAUACUAAUUUACAUCUUUUACUUAUGUUCAUAUUAAAUGGAAUUUUCUUCCAUUUUCAAAGUAUUACAGCUUAUGUUCUUAUGGAUUACAUAAGUCCAGUUACCUAUAGGUAAUGACUUUUUUUAUUUUAAAUUCAAAAAUAUUAAGAUCUAAUUAUACAAUUUUUUUUAAAAAAUUUAAUCUAGUGUGGCCAAUACUGUUAAACGUGCAUUUCUCAUAUGGAUGUCUGUUAUAUUGUUUGGAAAUUCUGUUACUCUAUUAAGUGGACUUGGUACUAUUAUUGUUAUUGCAGGAGUUGUGAUUUAUAAUAAAGUAAAACAUUGUGAUAUUAAUCGUCAAUCAAUCGAUGUAAGUUAUAAUAAAAAUUAGUUAAAUUUUAUUUAUAUUCAAUAGUUAUAAAACAAUUUUGUUCCAAUCAAUAACAUUAGUUGUUUCUGGUAGCAAAUUUUGUUUAGUUGGUGUUUUAGUAAAUUUUUGAUUUUCUUUGUAGAUUUCUAAAUAAUGGGGAAAAACACCUGUAAAACAGUAAUAUUUUUACAAGCAUAGUUUUUUUUUUUUUAAUGUAAUUAAGUCAAAAAUAAUUGUGAUAAUAUUUAAAAUUUUCACUCAAUAUUAUAUUAGCACAUUUAAGAAGUAGUACAAUUUUCAAAAUCUUUGGACAGUUAUUGAUAACUAUUGAAAUGUUUGAAUUUUAUGUGGAUGACAAUUUUAUAAUUUAAAAAAUGUAUAAUUCUAGUUUAAUAGCGAUCAAUUUUUUUUCCAAAUGUAUCUUCUAAAAGAAAAAAAAACAAUAUUUAUCUCUGUCUCUGCUCAAAAUCUAAAAGUUUAAGACAUACAACUUCAAUAAAUUCUUAUUGUACAUAGAUAUGUCAAUUGUCAGAAAAUUGUCUGCAUUCUUACAUUUUAGGAAUUAAUAAAAUUUAUUUUCAUUUAUUAUUGUAUAGUUUUUAAUUUAUUAGUUCUGUAUUUUCAUUUUAUAUUGAAUGUUUUUUAAUCUUAUUUUACACUGUACAAAUUUAUUUUAAGAUCAUUUUUUAAUUUUUAGGAAUAUGAUAAAAAACUGAUGAUUUCGCCUUUCAAAAUCCGGACAAUUUAAUAAUUGCAUUAAAGUAUGUUUAUAAUGUCGCUAUAUUAUAUUAUUUGGAAUUAAUUCUUGGUAUUGUAUAAUUUAUACAAAUAUUUAUACAUUUUUAUUGAUGUCGUCAAAUACAUUUUUUUGUUAUAAAUUGUAAAAUUAUUGUAUACAAAAAUAAAAUAUUUAUAAAUAAAUAUAUAAAUUAUUGUGAAUGACAUAACACAAUUAUAAUCAACUUAUUUUUUAAAGACAAAUUGUAUAUUAAUUGUAUUUGAUGUAUUACAAUAUGUAGAUGUCUGUAUUAAACUAAAUACUGAUUUGGUUUUUACAGUUAGUAUUAUACGUUUUUUUUUAAAUUUUGUCUCAUGAAAUAUUUAAAAAAAAAGUUUGAUUUCUAUACUAAUUUAGUACCUACC